AAAGUUAAAUUACAAGUUAAAUUUCAGUUACGUAAAGUUGAAGAACUUGAAAAGUUACUCAAUAAUUUACAACAAAGUGUUACUAAAUUAGAAGCUGAAAAUGCAAGAUUGAAAAGUAAUACUGAUAAAAAAUCAUCAGCAACAACCACAACACAACAACAACUAACAGAUGAUGAAAAAAAAAUGUAUGAUCAACGAAUUGAACGUUUAGAAAAACGUUUAGAAUUAUCACGUGAUAAAUUCAAUACUGAAAAAGACAUAAGGAUACAAAAAGAUAUUGAAUUACAAAAUGCAAAUAUUGAUAAAAGAAUUGCUGAACGUAAUGAAAAAUUAUCAAAGGAUAAGUUAAAUAAAAAACAAGAAGAAAUUGAUGAUAAAUCUAAAAAAAUAUCAAAUGAACUAAAUAAAGCUAAAACAUCUUUAGCUGAUGUUACAAAACAAUCAUCAACAAAUCGUUUACAAGCUGAUUCAGCACAACGUGCAUUAACACAAGCAAAUGAACAAAUUCAACAAUUACAAACAUCAAGUUCAAAUUUAAGAAGAGAACUUGAUGCUGCAAGAAAAGAAAUGCAAACAAAUCAAGAACGUGUAUUAUCAUUAAAAAAUGAAAAUAAAUGUUUUAUAGAUGACAUAACAAAAUUGAAUAAAUUAAAAAAUUCAUUGGAAUGUAAAAUUGAUGAUUUAGAAAGAAAAUUAAAAGAAGUUGAAUUAAAUAAUGAAGUAUUAAAAGAAACAUGUGUUGUAUUAGAAGAACAAUUGACUGAUUAUGAAAGAUUAACAUCUGAUCAUGAGACACGUGAAAAUACACUUGUACAAGAAAAAAUGAGACUACAAAAAGACAUUGAUGAUGUUGAAAAAAAAUUACGUGAAUCUAAAAUUAGACAAAAUGAAGAAAAAACACAACGUCUUAUUGCUGAGCGUGAAAUUGAAAAACUAGAAUCAGAUAAAAUUGAUACUGAAAAUGAAACAGAUCAUUUACGUCAACAAAAUAAUGAAUAUAAAGAAAAAGUACAAGAUUUAUCAAAUAAAUUAUCAAGCACAACAAUGAAAGUAGAUGAAAUGAAAUGUGAUUUAUUAGAUCUUGAAAGUGCACUUGAACAUGCUAAAACUGAUGCAAAACAAGUUAAAGAAGAAAGUUCAGUAUAUUUAACACGUUUACAUCAAUUAAAAGAUUACAAUGAAGCAUUAACAAAUAAUUUACAAUCAUCAACUGAACAAGAACGAGAAUUACGUUCACGUAUUACUGAAUUAGAAUCAGUAUUUGAAGAAAUGAGACGAUUUUAUUCUGAGCAUGAAUUUAAAAAUGAAGGUACAAGACAACAACAAACAAAAUUAAUUAAUUAUUUACAAUUAAAAUUAGAAGAACAAUCAAACAAAAAAAUAAACUUUUGUGAUAAAAUAUUUAAAUCAAAACAAAAAGAACAAUUACCAUCUUUAACGCAAUUAAAUGGUUGUAGUAUGCCUGUUGGUUAUUGUGAAUUAGAAAAUCAAUUAUCACGUGAAAGAGCUAAAGUCAAAACUUUAAUUGAACAAUUAUUAGAUUUAAAAGCAACAAUUGCAUCAACAAUACCAACAUCACCAACUAAAAAAACAACAUUAAUAAAUAGUCCUAAAAAAUCUAAUAAUAAUAAAAAUGAAGAAAAUUCACAUGAUACAUUGAUACAUCAUAAUUUAGCAUCAAUAAAAAGAUCAAGUCAUAAAAUACAUGAAUUUAAUGUUAAAACAUUAUUAUUAAAAAGUGGCAAAUGUACAGUAUGUAAUGAAACAAUACAAGUUGGUAAACAAGUAUCAAUCUGUUUACAUUGUCAAUUAAUAACACAUUGUAAAUGCUCAUCAAAAGCUGAAGCAAAUUGUGGCUUAUCUGAUGGUUUUAUUGAAUAUCUUAUACAAAGUUUGAGUAAUUCAGAUGAAAGCAUAUCAACAUUAAGUGUUUCUGUACAAACAUUAACGAUUGAUGAAUCAGAUUAUACAACAUUUCAUGAUAAUGAUAAUGAUGUUGAUGAUGUUGUUGAUAAUAAAAAAGAUAAUAAAAAUAAUAAAAUUACAAUGGAAAGUUGGGUUAAAGUUACUGAUAAUAGUAAAACAUUAUGGGAUACAAAAUAUUUACGUCUUGAAGAUGGUUACUUAUGUGUUUAUGAAAAAGAACUAUUAAAAAAUAUGUCACCGAUAAAUAAAAUUAAUUUAACUGGUAAAUCUGGGUUUUCUAUACGUGAUACAAUUGAUCAAACAGAUAUACCUGGUACAACAAAAUCAGAUUUAGAACUUAUAUUUAGAGUUGAAGAAGGCUCACGUCCAUGUUGGUCAUCACCACCACGUCUUGAUAUUAUGGCGUUGAAUCGAGUUGAUAAAAAAUCAUGGUUAAAUGCAUUAAAAUCAAUAAAAACAUAUCAACACCAUGUUUAGCUAAAAAUACAAUGUCAUCAACAUUAUUAAGAUUAGGAAGAAUCGUUUAGAUCUUAAUUGUGUUGUUGAACUUGAAAAAGAAGGACAUUGAAAGACAAUAUUUUUUUCAUAA